AUUUGUGGUGGUUGGUUGGGUUUGUGUUGGUCGGUGUCGGUGUUAUCAUCAUGGGUUGUUUUACAGCUGUCAAAAAAUGAUGCGACCACGAUAAUGGAGUCGACGAUAUUCGAAAGGAAUUGCAGUGAAUAUUUCGCCGAUUCGCACACAACCCAUGCUAUGGAUUAGCAGUCGAAAUAUGGGUGCCAACAUUUCCCAAUUGGAAAGAGACAUAGGUUCAGAACAGUUCCCAGCAAAUGAGCACUACUUUGGAUUAGUAAAUUUUGGUAACACAUGUUAUAGCAACUCGGUGCUACAAGCACUCUACUUCUGUAAACCAUUCCGAGACAAGGUGCUAGAAUACAAAGCAAAGAACAAGCGCACCAAGGAGACGCUGCUCACAUGCCUCGCCGACCUAUUCCACAGCAUAGCCACCCAAAAGAAAAAAGUCGGCUCGAUUGCGCCGAAGAAAUUCAUCGCGAAACUGCGCAAAGAAAAGGAUGACUUUGACAAUUACAUGCAGCAGGACGCGCACGAGUUUCUCAACUUCCUCAUCAACCGCAUCAGCGAGAUUAUCCUCGCAGAGCGACAGCAGGCGCAGCACGGUGGUGGCGGUGGCGGAGGACAAAACAACGUCACCGCCAAUAAUGUCAACAAGGCGAAACCGGGCGAGAAUGGCACGAUACACCCGCCCACGCCGGCGCCGGAGCCCACAUGGGUGCAGGACAUCUUCCAGGGCAUUCUGACCAACGAGACACGCUGUCUCAACUGUGAGACAGUCUCCAGCGUCAACGAGUAUUUCUUCGAUCUGGCAGUGGACAUAGAGCAGAAUACGAGCAUAACGCAUUGCCUACGCUGCUUCAGCAACACGGAGACGCUCUGCAGCGAGAACAAGUUCGAGUGUGACAACUGCCGCAGCUACCAGGAAGCGCAGAAACGCAUGCGGAUCAAGAAACUGCCGAUGAUUCUUGCGCUGCACCUCAAACGCUUCAAAUACAUGGAGCAGUACAACCGCCACAUCAAGGUUUCACACCGUGUGGUCUUUCCUUUAGAAUUACGACUAUUUAAUACUUCGGACGACGCGGUGAAUCCGGACCGGCUGUACGACCUCGUUGCGGUCGUUAUCCACUGUGGCAGUGGGCCGAAUCGUGGCCAUUAUAUUAGUAUUGUUAAGAGUCAUGGAUUUUGGUUGUUGUUUGAUGAUGAUCAAGUUGACAAAAUUGAUGCAUCAACAAUAGAAGAUUUUUAUGGUCUGACGUCAGACACGCAAAAGUCGUCCGAAACAGGCUACAUACUAUUCUAUCAGUCGCGCGAGAGCUUAUGAGUGUCGGCGAGAGCUCCCGCAGGCGGCGGGCCGAAGGCGGGUGCGAAACCUAAGCGUACGCCGUUCUCGUUUGCGUUCACCGGGCGGCCAGCACCGCCUUCGCAGCCGUCGCCACCGCCGCCGGCCUAGCAGCGUCUCCCGACGCCUCAACCGCGGCGUCGCGAACCAAAGAAACAAACUACAAUUUUUACUACACGAUAAACCUAAUCAAAUCGACGCGCCGAGCGCCCCCGUCGCGCUCCGCGUUUUUUGUACAAACAAAGCAUAAACAAUUGGCGCGGCGCGCGCACGAGUCGUGACCGCCGCAGCCACAUGAACAGUUCAUGAGGGUUAUUAGCAAAAUUUUUCGCUCAUUGUAAUCAUCAACAACUCAUCGUUCUAAACAAAAGUUAUACUAACGCAAAGACACGAACACAUACACACAAAACACACCCACAUGAUGAAACAAAUCACGUACGUACUCUAUCUUCUUGCCAUCGCACGCAAAAACAAAACGAAACAAUAAUGAGUUGGUUUGUUGAUAAAGGCGCCACUAAAACUGCACUCGAAUUGUUGUAGAGCAGUUGUGCGGUGGCGAUUUUCGUUCGUCCGGAAAAUUGUGAUGCGAAGUUUUCGAGGUUUUAAUAUCCGGUAUUAAUAGGAAAACAUGUUUGUCGUUCGCGUUAUAUUUAUUAUCGUCAUUUGCUCCUACUCCAAUCAUCGCCGACACCUUAAAGCGCAGCUAAAAAUGACCGCAAUAAACGCAGGAAACGUCGACGUCAAAUCACUACAAUCACAAGCAAUACGUUUCUUACUGAGUUAGCGCGAGUUGCAUGCAAAGCCGCACUGAUUUUUCAUACAUUGUUUCAUUGAAGCGAGCGAGCGCCGAGCGCAAUUUGCGAACAAAGCAGCCACACAAACCGCAAACAUUGUUAGAACGAUACUGAUUUUUGUAUUUGUGCACCUAAUGCGGAACAAUGCGAGUCAGCGGAGACGAUGUGAGAUGAAGUAAUGUCGGAACGAUUUAACAAAUGAUGAGAAACAUGAGGACAAAGAAGAUACACUUUUGUUUGGUUCCACUCAGAGUGGAAUUCUAUUUUUAUUCUGUACAUAUUCGUUAGAUAUUAAUAUAAAGUAAAGGAUUUAAUUGAAA